AUGUCAACUAGUCCUCCUGCACCUCUUGAUGCUAUCGAUACCAAUAAUUCAGAAUCUCCCAUUCUCAGACCAAUAUCGACAGGAGCUGUUUUCAAAGCCACUGCAGGGCAGCCCAUUUUCAUCAGACUCACCAACUUCCUGGACAUUCCCGAAAACGGUGCCAAAGUAACCACGAGUCCCACAGCGAGCUGGGUGUUAUUGGACCACAAAGAAAAGGCAAUCACUGGUCAAGUGCCCAUUGACUGCCCGGCAGGCCGUAUCACGAUAAACAUUACGGUGCAGAUCAGCAUCGCUGGAAGAGUCAUUGAAGUCGGGUUUUCAUUUUUCCUCGAUAUUCUUCGGCCGAACAGCAUCAGCACCGCAAAUUCCACACCAACUACCACAGCAAGGCCGAUAAGUUCAGGCUCUUCUCUUCUGGCAACAACAUCCACAACAACGACUUCGUCUCCUGCGACCACAACUAGCGCCAUAACCGGCCCUACCGUCUUCGCCGGCCAGUUUUUCGUCACGGGCGUUGGCCCUUUUUUGCGCAAUGCUAGCGACAGAGUGACCGAUCUAAACAGCUAUCCAACCUCCCCUUAUAUUGGAUUCCGUUAUUUCACGCCGGGGUACCAGGUUAUCGAGGGUUUAGUCCCUUCUGAUAUACCAGAUUCGACGGUGGCUAUCGACCUCAGUGUUGUGAACGACAAUCUCGAGUCCUACAACGUGACAGUGGUCCUUACCAUUCGUGCAGCACCUGACGCCCCUGGUAGCUCAACGACGACCACAUCGACUACCUCGAGGACGCUCCCUACUGCUUUCCCAACUGCCACCGUAACUCGGGGCCAGAAUUUUGGGAUCGGAUUUGAUCGUUAUAGAUAUGCGCCUGGGGAUAUCGUCGUCUCACAGUCGACAAAUCCGCCGGUAGACUGGAUCCGUCUCGACCAACCUCCACCGUUCAGACCAAAUGGACUCAUGGGGACUGUGCCGGCAACGCAGCCUCUAGGUCCGAUAGCAGUAACGCUCUCAAUUUACGGGCGAGGUCCCGACGUCCAGGGAGAGUACACCGUUACAUUCACCAUUAUUGUCGUCGCAGCUGCCACGAACGCGCCCCCUUAG